CCCCUCGCUGAUCUGUCCCUGUCUGAUGACGUAGCCCAGUCGCUGUUUACCAUAGCGGCUAUCUGUUAGCUAAUUGAAAGAAAAUGUGGGUUUUAUAGCUGCGAGAACAGUCGUAGUUUUCGAAGCGAGUCUAAAAUAUUUCUUUCAGAAUGAACAAUAAUAGAACAUCGUAUUUUUAUGACCCAGACGUGGGCAACUUUCAUUAUGGUGCGGGCCACCCCAUGAAGCCUCACCGGUUGUCCCUGACCCACAGUCUGGUGUUGCACUAUGGACUCUACAAGAAAAUGAUGGUUUUCAAGCCAUACAAAGCGUCUCAGCACGACAUGUGUCGGUUCCACUCCGAAGACUACAUCGACUUCCUCCAGAAGGUCAGCCCCAACAACAUGCAGGGCUUCACCAAGAGCCUCAACACAUUCAACGUUGGAGACGACUGUCCGGUGUUUCCCGGCCUUUUUGAGUUUUGCUCAAGAUACACAGGAGCCUCCUUACAGGGAGCUACGCAGCUCAACCACAAGAUCUGUGACAUUGCCAUCAACUGGGCCGGAGGUUUGCAUCACGCCAAGAAAUUUGAGGCAUCUGGGUUUUGUUACGUCAAUGACAUAGUCAUCAGUAUCCUGGAGCUGCUCAAAUACCACCCUAGGGUUCUGUACAUCGACAUAGACAUUCACCACGGUGACGGCGUACAGGAAGCCUUUUACCUGACCGACCGCGUCAUGACUGUGUCCUUCCACAAAUACGGGAACUACUUUUUCCCGGGAACAGGAGACAUGUACGAGGUCGGAGCGGAGAGCGGCCGGUACUACUGCCUCAACGUCCCUCUCAGAGACGGCAUCGACGACCAGAGCUACAGACAGCUGUUCCAGCCGGUUAUUAAACAGGUGGUGGAUUUCUACCAGCCGACCUGCAUCGUUCUACAGUGUGGAGCAGAUUCUCUGGGCUGCGACAGACUCGGCUGCUUCAACCUCAGCAUACGAGGACACGGUGAGUGUGUGGAGUUUGUAAAGAGUUUUAAGAUCCCUCUGUUGGUGCUGGGGGGCGGAGGAUACACAGUGAGGAACGUGGCUCGCUGCUGGACCUUUGAGACAUCUCUGUUAUUGGACGAGUCCAUCAGCGACGAGCUGCCUUAUAGCGAGUAUUUUGAGUACUUUGCUCCAGACUUCACGCUGCAUCCUGAUGUCAGCACCAGGAUAGAAAACCAGAACUCCAGACAGUACUUGGAGCAGAUUCGCCAGACGGUGUUUGAGAACUUGAAGAUGCUGAACCACGCGCCCAGCGUCCAGAUCCACGACGUUCCCUCGGACAUGCUGAGCUACGAGCGCACCGACGAGCCCGACCCCGACGAGAGGGGGGGCGAGGAAAACUACACCAGGCCGGAGGCAGCCAAUGAGUUCUACGACGGUGACCACGACAACGACAAAGAGAGCGACGUAGAAAUUUGACCCCAGAGGAGGCAUUCUGUCCGUGUCUGCAAACAUCACGUCCUCACUGCAGAUUUAACAGAAGCGUAGACAUUUCUGACUGAAAAGACUCACAAGCUCUGCUCUUUUAUUCCUGUGUAGGUUCUUUCUAAAAAAAAAAAAACAAUCCUCAAUCAGCACGGACGUUACCUCCGGAGCCUCGUAGAUAAUGUCACCGAGUACACCUCCACACACAACUGGAUUCCCAUUUCUGUUCCGGGUUGUCAAAACUGUAACAGACAGGGUGAGCCCACAUUAGAGCAUACAUCAGUGGAAUGUAAAAGAUUACAGGAUACGAUUUCCAUAUCAAGCAGUGUUAACUUCAGGGCUCAAAAUAAGUGUGUUGUGCACAUGAACAGUCAAACAUGAUUUUUUUUAAACCAUAUUUUUCUCCACUUGUAAUCUUUUUUUUGUUAUCGCAGCGAUUGCAAAUAUUUUAAUCAAAUGAAUAGAACUUUUUGUUUGGAUUUGGGACACAGCCUAAGCAAUGGAGGUUUUCCCACACAUAAUAUUGUUUUGAGCAUCCCAAAUGUUUAACCCCUGAGAGCAAAGAGCAGCUACUUUGGAGCCCUGUGUGACAGAAAGGAGAGGAAA